AUGACGACAGGACUUCCAUCAUCUAUGAGCUUUGGCGAAGAAGAUGAGCCGGAUUUUAUGAGAAAAUUGGCAGAAAAGGCCAAAGAGCAACCACUUGUCCCAAUUGGUUCCAUCCUUACGGCGGGUGCUGUGAUAUUAGCUGCAAGAUCAAUGAAAAGAGGCGAAAAGAUUAAAACGCAACGAUACUUUAGGUACAGAAUUGGCUUUCAAUUAGCAACUUUAAUUGCAUUGGUUGUAGGAGGUAUGACUUUUGGAGUAGCCACACAUGAGCAAAAGAAGUCCAAAGAAGAGAUGUUGAGGGAAAAGGCAAAACAAAGAGAGAAGUUGUGGAUAGAGGAGUUGGAAAGAAGGGAUGCAAUUAUUCAAGCUAGAAAGGAAAGAUUAGAACAGUCGAGAAAAGAAUUGAGAAACUUAGCCAAACAAGGAUUUGAAAAUGAGAAAGCAGACAAACUUGACUCGAGAAAGUCUGAUUCGAAAAAAGUUGAUUCUGAAAAUUAA